CUCAAGGGGAUCCCAGUCAUGAAGCCGAGUCCCCGAUAAUGCCAUGAGUAUAGAGUUAUAUACUUGGCCGCUUGCCGCUUGGGUUACUUUCCGCCUCUCUCCUUUUGUAGCCUUUAUUGCGACACCUAUCAGAGUGACAGUUACACUGUUCCGAAAAUCUUGCUUCCCAUUUCAUCAACAUGGCUCCAGACAUAGACUAUCUUGCCAAGCAUGGCCACGCCGAUGCCAUCGAGCCCAUCGACUCGCGCAAGAACGUGGUAAAGCGUGCGGCCGGCCAGCGAAUCCUCGUGCCCGAUAUCCUCUCACUGAUGCCGGCAUGGCCAAGCGAGCUGCAGCCCGACAUCGAUGCCGUCAAUGAAGAGAUAGACGAGUGGCUGAAGACUGUCAAGGUUGCUGAGCACAAGAAGGCCAAGCAUCGAGCACGGGGAAACUAUACUUUACUCACUGCCGUAUACUACCCACACUGUACGCGGGACAAGAUGCUCCCGUUGACGCAGUUCCUCUACUGGAUCUUCUUUUGGGACGACGAGAUCGACACAGGCGGUGAGCUCACCGAGGACAAAGAAGGCACUCUUCAGUGCUGCAAGGAGACAAACCAGUGCGUUGACGACUGCCUCGGCCCCAACCCCAACUACGAACCACCAGCCGGCUCCCGCGGCACGGUAGAGAUGUUCUACCCCAUCCUCAGAGAUCUGCGCGCCGGCAUGGGCCCGGUGACCGUGGAGCGCUUCCGCAGCGAGCUGCACGACUACAUCAAUGGUGUGGCGAAGCAGCAGGAUGUCCGCCAGGCCGAAGACCUGCCCAAUCCCUGGGAGCACUUCCAGAUGCGUAGUGACGAUGUCGGUGUGAUUCCCAGCAUCACCCAGAACGAAUAUGCCAUGCAGUUUGAGCUCCCCGAGUGGGUACGGAGACAUGAGGCCAUGGAGUCCAUCAUCCAGGAAUGCACCAGGUUGACUGUUCUUCUCAACGAGAUUUUGUCACUUCAGAAGGAGUUUAGGGUGGGACAGCUCGAAAACCUUGUCACCCUAUUUAUGGCCCACGACAACAUGUCCCUGCACAGUGCCGUGAACAGGGUCCUCGAUCUCAUCCGCAAGCACUACGACAUCUGUGUCGAGGCUGAGGCCAGGCUGCCGUGGAGCGAUUCGGACGAGAAGUUCAACGAGGACAUGCGCGAGUAUGUGCGUGGAUGUCAUCGACUAGCCACGGGCACGGCGUACUGGAGCUAUCACUGUGAGCGAUACUUUAAACACAUCCAAGUCAACGAGAAGAGGGAGGUGUUGCUUGACUUGGCCUUGAUUGAGCCAUGAAGGUCAGUCCGCAGAACGGAUGUCGAUCUGGUGGCAUAGGCUAGGGAUCAGGUCACAAGGGAGGAGCAAGCACAAGUAGUAGCGAGUAUACGGACCAGAAUUGAAAUGAUACUUCCCAAGUCUUACCUGACUCUGGCGUCUGCGGCAGAGGCACUGUUUGUAUGAUCGGAGGUGCAGAUGGCGUUUGCGAAGCUUCUUGUGAACGGUAAAGGCCUUCCGAAGGACGAGUGUGAGGCAUGCUCCAGAUUUUGUUCUCCCCAACACCCUUCGCCUGCUUUUGAGCACGUACCAGGACAAACGACAGUUCAGCUGUGACCAGGCAUGCUGUCUGUGGCGGACGCGAAGCGGGAGCGGGAGCU